GCAGCUUAUUCUCAAGGUUCUAUCGUAUACUGUUCAUAUUUUUCUCCGAAUCUGCCUGCCGCCUAAUUAGUCAACGUCGGCCGUCUGCGAUGCCUCAUCCUGUGACGCCGCCGAUAAUGGUGGUUAAACCUCCCGACACCCCUCCCCCGCCGUCACAACAGGACGUUUCCUCAAUCCUCAACACUAUCUUUACCGCGAAGACUUCCUCCGCCUCCAUCGAUGCCUCCUACGGUCUCUGCGAGCUCCUAUUAAAUACCACAGGCUUCCGAGGCCUGCACGACUAUGGCGUUCUGGCCGAAGUUAAGAAAGCCUCCGCCGAUAAGAAGAGCGGUCUACGACGGGAGAGCUCCCAGAACCUCCUUGGUGCUUUAUUCGAAAGGUUCCCUCCGCGACAACCCUUAAGCGAAGUUGUAUUCCUGCUCCAGGACGGUGGUUUGAUAUCGUGUGCGUUGGACGCGUUGGCCGACAAGGGCAUCGUGGUUCGCGAUGCCGCACAAUAUGGACUUGAUGCGCUAUUUGGCCAUUUGAGCCCCGAGGCCAUGGUUGUAGGCUUGCUGCCAGCCCUCGUUUCUUAUCUGUCGAAGAAGACUGGGAAAUGGCAAGGCACCAUUGGCGCCCUAAAAUUGAUGCAGAAGAUGGCCGAUAAGGCAAAGAUGGAGAUCGGCUGCACGAAAGAGCAGGCCCAAGAGAAGGAUAUCCUUCGGGAGGCCAUGGGGGCGAAGCUGGCUAGCCUGAUCCCUAUAGUCGAAGGCAACAUGCACGACCUCAAAGCCGAAGUUGAGAAACAGGCUCUUAUUACGAUGCAAUCUCUGACGGCUCUACUUUCCAACGACGACGUGGCCCCUAGAAUUCCUCUCCUUGUCGACACCAUGCAUCAUCCCUCUACGCAGACCCUCCAAAAGGCGAUCCACGCCCUUUCGCAAACUACCUUUGUGGCCGAAGUGACGUCCCCGGUCCUUGCUCUCCUCACCCCUUUCCUGGAGCGAACCCUCAACAACCCUACUACCGCACAGGAAGUGUUACGGCAGGCCGUCGUUAUCACCGAAAAUCUGACCAAGCUGGUUCACGAUCCUAUCGAGGCGCGCACCUUCUUGCCAAAGCUUCAGCCAGGUGUUAAAAGCGUCGUCAAUCGCGCACCACUGCCAGAAGUGCGCGAAUUGGCUACUAGGGCCCUAGGUGUGAUGGAUAAGGCUAUGGGCAACGACAAAGCAGUAGUGGAGAGAACAUCUGCUGACGAGGUAGCCAAAGUCGUCGAUUCCGAAAUUAAGAAGCAUGGGGGGCUCUCCGGCGACUCGGACUUUUAUAAGCUAGCCCGCCCGUACAUUUGUGAAAUGGUUGCUGAGGACUCCAACUUCCGCCAGGUUGAUCGGAUUCCCGCUAGGAUUGCGCCGUACCUGAAAGACCUAAUGUGUCAAGCUAGCUCCGUCGAUGCAGUCGCCUCCAGCGUUCACCAAUUCUAUGUCGCUGAGGACCACCGCAAGUACGGUGCGCCGGAGAAAGAGGACGAUGGUGAAGUCGAGAUCGUCAAUGCAGACUUCUCGCUAGCCUACGGCGGGAUGCUUCUUCUGUCUCAUACCAACCUCCGGCUUCUAAAGGGACAUCGGUACGGUCUUUGCGGCCGCAACGGCGCUGGCAAGUCAACCCUGAUGAGGAGCAUCGCUGGUGGCAAGUUGGAGGGGUUUCCGCCACAGGAUGUCCUCCGUACCUGUUACGUCGAGCACAACCAAGGCGAAGACGCUGAUAUUAGCAUUCUGGAAUUCAUGGUUAAGGAUCCGACGAUCGCAUCUGAAGGCCGUGAGAGAAUCUCGGAAGUCUUGGCAGAAUUUGGGUUCACAGCAGGCCCUGAAGGCAGGCAGUCCCAAAAAGUUGGGUCCCUCUCCGGAGGUUGGAAGAUGAAGCUUGCUCUUGCUCGGGCGAUGCUGCAAAAGGCCGACGUUCUUCUGCUCGACGAACCUACGAACCACCUGGACGUUGCGAACAUCGCCUGGCUCGAGACCUACCUGAAGAGUCACACUGACAUCACUAGCUUGAUUGUCUCCCACGACUCGGGCUUCCUAGAUAAUGUCACUACAGACAUCUACCAUUACGAACCCGGAAAGAAACUCGGUCAUUUCAAGGGCAACCUCGCUGCUUUCGUCAAUGUUCGACCCGAAGCCAAGGCUUAUUAUACACUGUCCGCCUCCAACGUUCAAUUCAAGUUCCCCCCUCCAGGAAUCUUAACUGGCGUCAAAUCCCAAACACGGGCCAUCAUCCGAAUGGCCGGCGUGUCUUACCAGUAUCCCAAUGCACCGAAACCGUCGCUCAACGACGUCUCCUGCCAACUAUCGCUCUCUUCUCGCGUUGCUGUCAUUGGCCCGAAUGGUGCAGGGAAAUCGACUCUGAUCAAGUUGCUAACCGGCGAGGUGAUCCCGACUACGGGGAAAGUUGAAAAACACCCCAACCUGCGAAUCGGUUACAUCAAGCAGCACGCCCUCGAACACGUAGAGAUGCACAUGGAAAAAACGCCGAACCAAUAUUUGCAGUGGCGAUAUGCAAACGGCGACGAUAGAGAGGUCUUUCUAAAGCAGACUCGCAUCCUUUCCGAUAAGGACCGGGAGCAGAUGGACAAGCUGAUCGAUCUUGGUGACGGGAAGGCCCAACGCCAGGUCGAGGCCCUGGUUGGCCGUCAGAAAUACAAGAAGACGUUUCAGUACGAAGUGAAAUGGAAAGCGUGGCUACCCAAAUAUAAUUCGCAAGUGUCCCGGGAGACGCUAUUAGAAUGGGGCUUCGAUAAGCUUGUACAGGAAUUCGACGACCAUGAGGCGUCCCGCGAAGGCCUCGGUUAUCGGGACCUUCAACCAACGGUUAUCUCGAAACAUUUUGAGGAUCUCGGUCUUGACCCCGAAAUUGCCAAUCACAAUGAGAUCGGCAGCUUAUCAGGAGGGCAGAAGGUUAAGGUUGUCAUCGCGGGCGCCAUGUGGAACAAUCCUCAUUUGCUCGUGUUGGACGAGCCCACUAAUUUUUUGGAUCGGGAUUCUCUCGGCGGUCUUGCAGUUGCAAUCCGGGACUUCAAAGGCGGGGUCGUCAUGAUUUCCCACAAUGAAGAGUUUGUUGGCGCCCUUGCUAGUGAGCAGUGGCAUAUCAAUGAUGGUCGGAUGGUCAUGAAGGGCAACAGCUCAGUUUCCCUGGACCGUUUUGAGGAUAGCAAACCGAGUAGCGGGCUUACGAGCGGUGUAGCCAGCACGGCGGCCAGCAGCGUCGUAAGCAGUGCCGUCAACAGUGGAGCUGAAGAUAACUCGCCUCUGAAAUUCAAGGCUAAGAAGAAGAGGAAGAAGACCAAGAAGGAACUAAAGGAGCAGGAAGUCCGACGGAGACUACGCCAUAUCGAAUGGCUCAACAGCCCCAAGGGCACUCCCCACCCGCCGGAUACGGACGAAGAUGAGUAAACAUUCAUCCGUUCCCUAUAGACGACGGGCAUGGAGCAAGUUGAAGCGCGUGCUUAAGCGUGUGUAUUUUUGCGACUGGUGUUUAUCACUUUGGAACGUGGUUUCAAAAAUGGCUCAUUGCCGCCAGAGAUAUGGUAGCAGACGCUUGGGUUGUCGGGUUGAUCAUCGGCAAAGUAUAGAGGGUUUCGUUACAGGCGCUUGUAUAGAGGGAUAGAGGGAAUAGAGGUAUGGGCGACACAUCGACACACAGCACAUAGAAUAGGGAUUUGUACUUGAGGGUCUCGACUAGAGACGCGAGAACACGAGAUCACGACAGCAACUGGCCUCUUACCGAAACUCCCAGAUGUUCCGCAUCUGCUGUGAGAUUGAUGGGAUUGAAAAUAGAUGCGAUCUAACCCCCCUUGUUGGAUAUCUACAAACGCAAGCCGUCCCCAUGACGAAGGUAGAGCUCGAGGGAGAGGUGGGAAGGAGUGAGAUGCGGUUAAUUCUCCUUGGGUAUGAUAGGCACUAUCCUUGGGAGGUAGGGUUUGUCUGCUGGGCGCAGCGAGUAACGCGUCGACACGGAUUGGACAGG